ACUUAUGCAAUCCACGUGCGGGAUGUGAUCCGUAAGGAGGAGUAUGACUACAAGCUGACCACCAAGAACAACACGGUCGAGUACCUGCUGAAAGGCCUGGAGCCCGGAGGCAGAUACAGCGUCUCUGUCCGUCUGCGCAACAUGAGCAAGGAGGCCAGCUUCACCCUCAGCACAGUUCCUCUUCCGGCUCCAGAAGCUCUGAAGAUUUUGACAGAAAACGACCACGUGUUCCUCUUCUGGAAGAGUCUGGCCGUCAGGGAGAAGGGCUUCAAUGAGAGCAGGGGCUACGAAGUGCAUGUGUAUGAGAGUGUGACCAAUCAGACGUCGUCCCUGGGAAACACCACGGAGACGUAUUUCCGCAUCAGCAGCCUGCUGCUGGGACACAACUACACGUUCUCUGUACAGGCCCGCUGCCUGCUGAGCGGACAGCUGUGUGGGGAGCCCGCCCUGCUGCUCUACAACCAGCUGACCGCAG